AUGUGUAUAUAUGUCUAUAUGUGUGCUUGUGUGUGUGUGUGUGUGUGUAUUAUCCUUAUUAAUAACGAGUGUUCAUGAACACACAUGAGGUAUAAGAAUGAGUCCAUAGUAAAUGUUCGGCGUAAAAGGCGAAUUUCAGGAGAGUGCAUUGCGCAUCACAUUCCUCUCUCGGCAACACGCUUCGAGACGUCAAGGGGGGACGAAUAGCAGAAAAUCUUCCUCGAUGGAGUGAAUAAUCCUUUCCCAGUUUAGCACAACGGUCAGGCAUUUGCCUAAUCGUCCAAACAAAUCACGAAGAACAAUGUGGUUACUUCUACUGAGCCUGAACACAGUUUUUCCAUGAACGUGCAUAACACUCGUGGCAGAUAACGAUAAGAGAGCUGAUAAUUAAGUUUCUAAGAUGGAGUGCAAAGUUUGCCUGGAAGUGUAUGAUGAAUCUCAGAGACGGCCGCAUAAUCUCCCAUGUGGCCAUAGUUUUUGUACAGUAUGCAUUGAUGACAUGUUAAAGAACAGCUCUCUUACCUGCCCUAGAUGCCGUGCCAAACACAUAGCAUCAGACAAAAGUCACUUCCCAGUUGCAUAUGACCUUGAGGAAGUUUUAAGUAAAAGAGAUACAACCGUAGCUGCAGCAGGAAGGACACCUCUUAGUCGAAGGAAAGAUAUCAGCAGCAAAAUCAACAUUCUGAGAGAUGAACAAAUGGCUAGCAUUAAUCAUAUUUCUUUAGGGUUUCAGGAGAAACUAUCUCAGCUAGAUAAAUACAAAAGAAAAUUAAUUGAGUGGGGAAUAGAACAUGAUGACUUAAUCAAAAAAAUUCAGACUGAUUUAAUAGAGCAGAAUGAGGAGCUGCGUGACAACUUGAAAGAGGAACAUGGUCUUGUGGCAGAAGUACUGGAAGCAGGAGAAACACAAGAGCAACAGCUGAAGUUUGCUGAGGAAUCUCUCUUCACAGCCAAAACUGCACAGGAUGUUUUUGUGGCCAUUAAUGAUGCAGAGAUUGUCCAAUCUGAAGCAGAGACUUGGAUUGAGAAAUGUGAUGAACUCUUCCAAGAUGCUAAUCCUGUGCACAGGUCUAUCAAAAUUCGAGCAGCUACAAGAAAGGCACUCAGGAUGGUGAGACAUGAGACAAAUUUAGAGCCUGCGAUUACUCUGAGAGAUGUCGAUGCAAUGUCAACAAGUAGUCGUGGAAUGACACCAGUCACCAUUUCUGGUGUGCACAAUGCUUGCUCCCACGACAUACUAAUAGGAGGGGCAUUUCCACUAACGGCUGAGAUGCUCCAACAGGUAGAUGAUGAUGUGAGAAGCCUCCUACAGGCAGGAAAGGUGUUUGCAGUAAUGCAGGAGCAAGGCCGGGUAAGGUCUGCCCGUAUAACCCUCCAACAUGACAGGGUUUACCUACAUCACCUUAGGAGGCAGAACCCACCGGUAUAUGCCCAAACACUUCAGUAUACUGACAUAGAAGAGCAGUUGAACACCUCAUCGCCUACUGCAUUCCUGGAUUUGGCUUGGCCUGGUUCGGCACCUCAACGAAUCCACAUCCAGCUAAGUCCAAAUCAACGAGCACUACAGUUUAGCCUACUAUGUACAGGGAAGAAUGGUCCAAGUUAUGCUUACACACAGCUGAUAGAGGUGUAUCGUAAGGGCGAGCCUGGCGAACGUAUCUCAGGGGGAGAUUAUGAUGGCGAAGGUGGGGCUGCCAUUAUCCAAGGUCUUCCUUGGGGAGGCAUAUAUAGUCGACCUGCUUCUUCGGGGGCUGUUUUUAGCUGGAGUGAUGACAGUAUUGGUGGUCGAUUUGGCAUUCUGACCAGAGCAAAUGCUGGAUGUUACAAUGGUGUGUUUGGUCAGGUGGUGAGUGGGCUUGAUGUCCUGAGGUCAGUAGUUGAGCUGCCUGAUAUUUCACGUGUUACUGUGAUAGACUGUGGAAUUGUCCUUUCACAGUAGUUUUUAAACAUGAACAUAAUUAACCUUAAUGGUGCUGUAUUUUUAUUAUGAUUUUAUUUAAUUUCUAAAAUGUGGCAAAGUUAGUUGAGGAAAGCUGCAUCUCUAUUCUUCCUAUCUUUUAAAAUAAGUGUUUGGUAGUACAUAUAUUACAGAAACCAGUAGCUGUCUCAUGCAUUCCUGUAUGAUAUAUAUAUUACAAUAGUCAUUUAUCAUAUUUGUCUUCUGCAUUCCUCACAGUUCAAUAAUUCCAUGUUUUCCAACAAAAUCAUAGUAUAACUAUGCAUAAACAUUGAAACCUAAUUCAUGAAAAUAGAUUCUUUUCUUUCAUAGACGCUUAAUUUAUGCGGUGUGAUAAUUUUAUGUUUCUUAUGACAGUGGGUCCUCUUCCACCAUAGAUCUAUUUUUAAAUGUAUGUGAUGUAACAUUUUUUUCUCUCUCUCUUCAAUUUUCAAGGUUUCUUUUAGAUAUUUUUGGAUGUAUAGCUGAUAGAUAAACACAAUAUAUGUGACUUCAUUCCAAGCACAAGCAUUUGAUAUAGCGCACAAUGUUGGUUCCGGGAUGCCUCAAGGGUGGAGUGGGCUAAAUGUGAAACAGGAGAGUACUAAACUAGUUGAUUUUGGGAGAGCAGAACACCCAUAGAGAAUGAGUGAAUGAGAGCGAGAGAGAGAGAGAGAGAGAGAGAGAGAGAGAGAGAGAGAGAGAGAGAGAGAGAGUGUGUGAGAGAGAGAGAGUGGGUGUGUGUGUGUGUGUGUGUGUGUGUGUGUGUGUGUGUGUGUGUGUGUGUGUGUGUGUGUGUGUGUGUAUGUGUGUGUGUGUGGGGUAAUAACAUGAAGCACCUCUUUUGCUUCAAAGAUUUAUGAACACAUUUUUGUUUGGGGAGAUUCUUAGUCUUAAGGGGACUGUCCCAUCCGAGGCCUACCAUUUGAUCCUAAAAAGAUAACGGGCAUGUAUUGUACUUUGCAACAAAACAAAUGGCAAGACAAUCAGAAUUAAAAGAAUGCACUGCUGGUCACAAUGCGCACAGGAAUAGCAUCCUGAUUAUUCUCCACGGAGCUGGCAUUCUUCUAACCAUGGCCUAUAGAUGUUACAUUCCACCCUUGUUUAUCGGUAAAGAAAAUGCAAACUCCCCUUCGUAAAUGCCAAGUGAGUAAUCUUCCUUCAGAGCUUUGUGCCCAUAAAUAAGAAUAUCUGAAAAUAGUUCUCACUAUAUUAUAUUAUAUUAAUUAUAUUAUAUUAAUUUUAAAAAAUUAUUAUUAUCUUCUCACUUUUCUGUUAUUGGUGUUUUCCUGAUAGUCUUUCUACUGACCUUGUUCAGUGAAUAUUUGAGUUUGCAUUACUUGAUUCCCCGUGCCAUGCAAACAAUAUGUUGUUUGUAUUUUCUAAUGCAUGAUUUGUGAUUUGUGCAUCUCAUUUUUUAAGUUUUAGUAUGUAGAUACUGAUUCAUAUACAAGAUCAUUGUUUAUGCUCUUGUUGAAGCUGUUUGAAAUGCAUAGUCUUCCAACAUUGCUUCAUUGCUGUUUCAUUCAGUAUUUUAUAAGGUUCAUUAUAUAUGUAAUGAAAAAAUUAUAUUGGCCUUUUGGUACUUAAAUGAUUGGAUGAGUAACCAUCCUACAGGUCUGCUUUGUGUCUUUUGCUUAAUUCAGGAAUAUAACCUAUACUGUUGUUUAUGAAAAGAUAUGCUCCCUACUAUAAAGGAGGGGGUGGAGAAGAAGAAGAAGAAGAAGAAGAAAAGAGUGAGAGUGAGAGUAUUAUGCUCCCUACUAUAAAGGAGGAGGAGGAGGAGAAGAAGAAGAGUGAGAGAGAGAGAGAGAGUGAGUGAGUGAGUGAGUGAGUGAGUGAGUGAGUGAGUGAGAAAGAAAGAGAGAGAGAGAGAGAGAGUGUGAGUAUGAGAGUGUGUGCAUGCCUGCGUGCACGCUUGUAUACACACGUGUGUGGUGCAUCCACUUCAUAUUGCUGUGUAUGAAUUAUAGUAUAAACACUCUACUGAAUGUCCACACAAGGGAAGUAAGCUGGAUGCCAAAAAAAAACAAAGGCCUAAGAUUUAAAACUGAAUGGUUUGUAAUAAAUAAAAAAUAAUAAAAAUAAAAAAAAUAAAUGUAAGAGUACAUGAAACCAAAUCUGUAUGUUGUAAUCGAAGAAAUAAGGGUAAAUUAGCCUUUGGCCUCCAACAGUGUUUACGGAUGGCAUUACUUAGAGAGUAGUUGAGAUUAUAUUUUAUUUUCAAUAAUUUAGAAUAAUCUCUGGCCAUGGGUUGCACCAGUUUGGCAGAAUUCAAUGGUAUCUAGUUGUAAGUGAUGUAAGGUAAGAUCACUGAUCUUUUGUAUGAGUGUU